AUGAUCAGAUAUGCUACUCGUUUAGUGCGACAAUUCUCUUCUAAAAUUGUAUAAAAUUAAUACAAACAUUAGGAUGAAAUUCUUGAAAUUGGUUAAAUGUCAUAAAAUAAAGGAACUUUAACAAUAUGUCCUACUCCUAUAGGAAAUUUUUAAGAUUGGAGUGUUAGAUAAAAUCUAACAAUAUUUGGAGUAGAUAUAAUUGCAUGUUAAGAUAUUAAUACAACUGGAUUUUUCAUUAAAAAUAUUAGAAAUAAAGAUGGUGACAUUCAAUAAAUGAUUGUUCCUGAGGAUUUUAAGGAAUGUGAUUUGGAUGAAGAUGACAUCUAAAUUUAAGAUAUUAUAUUUAAAUCAACUAACUAAUUGAAAGAGUAUAUAAGCCAAUAGUAUUUAGAAAAUUGCCAGAAUUAAAUAAAGAAUUUAUAACAUCAACAGAUUUUAAGUUUUAUAAGUAAAAGAAACUAGAAGAAUUGAAAGAAUAAUAAGGGAAAUUAUCUUAAAAGUAGAAAGAUAUACAAGAAGAACAAUAAGAAGAGGAAAUAAAUCUAUCUGAAUUUGAAGUAUACGGUUUAAGUGCACCUUUGAUGAUGUAUUUAAGAAAUAAAGUAGCAUAAGCUAAAAAAUAAAAAGGAAGAGGAUUAAUUGUUGGUUGUAUUAACUUUAAUGAUGAAAAUAAAAUUGAUAGAUUAAUUGCAAUGAUGAAAAUGGGUUUAAAUAUAGCAUUAGUAUGUAAUAGUGGUACUCCAGCAAUAUCAGAUAAUGGAUUCAAAUUUGUAAAUAAAUGUAUAGAGAAGAAUGUUUAAAUUGAAGUAUUACCAGGUGCAAGUGCUAUUUCAGUUGCAUUAAGUGCUUGUGGAUUUCCUGCAGAUAAUUUCACUUUUUUAGGUGUUUACUCAAUUUAAGAGAGUAAUAAGGAUAUUUUAACUUUGUAUAAGAAGUAACCAUCAACAAUAGUGUUGUUUGAAUCUCCUAAUAGAAUUCAUUAAACUAUAUUAAAAAUUGAAGAGAUUUUUGGAGAAAAUCAGCAAGUUUGGAUUGGAUUUGAUUUAACGAAGUAGAAUGAAAAGAAAAUAAGAGGAAAAUGUAGAGAGAUCUAUGAAUAACUAACUGAUCCUAAAGUUGUUACUCCUUCUUAAUUGAAGGGGGAAAUCACAAUAAUUAUUAGUCCUUAUACUGUUUAAUAUAAUGAAGAUUUAAGAGCUUAAUAGAUCUUGUAAGAGGAGAAAAAGAAUGGGAAUAAAGAUUCAAAUAAAGAUGAAUAAGAAUAGAGAUUAGUCAAAAAAGUUGAAUGUUUACAUUUAGCAAGAGUAUUUGGGGAUAAGAUUAAGGAUAAUGAUAAUGAUUUAAAUGAGAUUUUAUAGAAGUCAUUAAUGAUUUCUAAAUAGAAAGCUAGUUAGUUAGUAUAAAAAAUUAGAGAAUAGUAGAAAAAUGAGGAGAACAUAAAUAAAAUAAGGGAGAGUUUUGGAGUUGAAAAUAGAUUUUAGAAAUGAG